AUGAAGUCAUUUAACACCAUACCAUUCCUUAUAAUUUCUAUCUUGACUAUCCUCGUCAACAACAACAUCAUCAACGUCAAAGCUUCUCCUGCGUCCUAUCGAGGUAGAUCACCGAAGUUACCUGUAAACUUUUCUGGAUCCAACGAGGUAGAGAAGAGACAGAGUAAUGAUACAGGAGGAGGGUUUAGUUGGGGACAUGAUCCGAUGAGAGGUGUGAAUAUAGGUGGAUGUGCAAUUGUUCUCACAUUGUAUCCUCAAUUCGUUCAUAUAAUGUUUCUAAUCUUCUUCAUGGCUGGAUGGGUCUUGUUUUUGGUCCACGAAUGA